AUGCUUACACUCAGAACGACCUCCUCUUCUUCGAAACCACUUCGCAGCGAAGCGUCAGAAUGUGUACGCCAGUACUUUCCAAACCGAUUACUCGACCCGAAUUGCAUUCUAUCUGACGAGCAGAGGAUUCUGAUACGCCCGAAGCUACCGGAACAUCCUCAACGAGUUCUUUUCAUCAGAACUGCACCUAAAUCAGUGGACUACAGGAACUUUAUUCGAGACACAUGGAAAACGCAGGUAGAUUCAUUCGCACCUGUUGUGUUCGUGUGUGCAGCCGGCAAUCACGACGUUACAAUGGAAGCUAAUCAAUUCGGAGACAUGCUACAGUUCGACUUUAUCGACUCAUAUCAUAACUUGUCAUUGAAAAUGAUGGCUAUUUAUCAAUUCGUUUUGAACGAACUACCUACAGUCAACGAUAUUAUUGUUACAAAUGACGAUACCAUAGUUAACGCUACUGCUUUAGCACAGGAAUAA